GUGGGAAAUGAAGUCAUUUAAUAACACUUCCGUUUGGUGAUUCGGUCCGUGACUCUUUCCUUUAUUCGCGCUACUUUUAGCAAGAACAUGUCCAACUAUACCGCUGAUACAGAACGGCCUCAAGAAGAGAAAGGAGGCAUUCAGGAGGUUCAGGAUGGAAUUAUUGAGAGCAACUGGGACCAGGUUGUGGACAACUUUGAUGACAUGAAUCUCAGGGAGGAGCUGCUCCGUGGUAUAUACGCCUACGGCUUUGAGAAGCCAUCAGCCAUUCAGGCUCGAGCCAUUCUACCAUGCAUUAAAGGCCGAGAUGUGAUAGCGCAAGCCCAGUCUGGUACAGGUAAGACUGCAACCUUCUCCAUCGCAAUUCUGGAGCAGUUGAAGGUUGACUUCCCUGAAUGCCAGGCCCUCGUCUUGGCGCCAACACGAGAGUUGGCUCAACAGAUCCAGAAGGUGAUGAUUGCCCUUGGAGACUACAUGGGUGCCCAAUGUCACGCCUGUAUAGGUGGCACUGCGGUGAGAGACGACAUGCAGCGCCUCCAGAGUAGCACCGUGCACGUCGUCGUAGGCACCCCCGGGCGGGUGCACGACAUGAUCAACCGACGGGCUCUUGACCCCCGCAGCAUCAAGAUGUUCGUGCUAGAUGAGGCUGAUGAGAUGUUGUCUCGAGGGUUCAAGGACCAGAUCUAUGAUGUGUUCAGGUUCAUGCCCCAGGACAUCCAGGUAAUCCUGCUGUCGGCCACAAUGCCGGAUGAAGUUCUAGAGGUGACGAAGCGAUUCAUGCGUGACCCAAUCCGUAUCCUUGUCAAGAAGGAGGAGCUGACUCUUGAGGGUAUCCGACAGUUCUACAUUCAAGUAGAGAAGGAGGAGUGGAAGUUGGACACUCUGUGUGACCUGUACGAGACCCUCACUAUAACCCAGGCUGUGAUAUUCUGCAACACACGCAGAAAGGUCGACUGGCUCACCGAGAAAAUGCUCUCCAGAGAUUUCACCGUCUCAGCCAUGCACGGCGACAUGGACCAGAAGGAGAGGGACGUGAUCAUGCGUGAGUUCCGUACCGGCUCCAGUCGUGUUCUGAUCACCACAGAUCUGCUGGCCCGUGGCAUCGACGUGCAGCAGGUCUCCCUGGUCAUCAACUAUGACCUGCCUGCUAACAGGGAAAACUACAUCCACAGGAUUGGUCGUGGAGGUAGAUUUGGACGAAAGGGGGUUGCUAUAAACUUUAUUACCCGCGACGAUGAGAGAACGCUGAGGGAUAUAGAGCAGUUUUACAACACUCAAAUCGAGGAGAUGCCCAUGAAUGUAGCAGACCUGAUUUAGAGGAAUUUGCACUCAUUGUUGUUACCGCGCUUCAAAACAAAUCGACUACUACUACUGCGACUGUUGAGGAUUUGCGAUAUUUAUUUAGUGUGAAAAGGUCAUUAGUAUCGAGGUUUUUGAGUCGUCGGUACUCGUGACAGUGCCGUCAUUUUUAUCAAAACUGUGACAUUUUCUGCUAGCAGAGGAUUUAACUGUUUAUUGUCAUUUUGCUGUAUUGACUAGUGUUGUUUUGAAUAUUUGUCUGUGGUAAAGCUUUGACACGAUUUAGCAGAUUAAUUGGACUCCCUUUGUCAGCCAAACGCUGUAAACAGGGAAGCUAAUUAAAUAAAUUAAAUAUUUGCAUUAAUGUUUAUGUAGUUUUUGUUUGUAUAUAAUUUAUAUACAACUUUCAACAUAUUUUUGGAAUUUCAUUGUUUGUAUUAUGUGACAUAGUUAUUAUAAGGAAACUUUUGUGGCAAAGGGAUUGUUUCCCAUUUGGAGGGUGCACCCCAUAGGGGACCCUUUGGGUAAUCCAAAAGGUCCACUGAAUUUUCCUUUCCAAAAUCUGCUGUAAAUAGAUAUUUUGACUAAGUGCUUGUGUAUUGUAGUUAUUGUCUCUUUAAAUAGUUAUUAAUCAAUACCAAACUUUUGCUAUUAUCCCUACCUUCUGUUAAUUAAUUUUAUUUCUGAGUUUUCAUUUUUCUGUUUAAGCAACAGUUGUUAAAGUGCUAUGGAUUCAGCAAUGGAUGCAUGUUUUUCAGAUUUUUGCACGAACUGUGCUAAAAAUAGGGUGCCGUCGUUGUUAAUAGACUAUUGUUGCGAUUUUAAAUUUGUUCAGCGGUAUCAACAUCAUGUUUUGUUCAAUCGAAGCCAUAGGUGUAUUAAACAAUUAUACAAUUUCA